GUCGCAGCUAAGCGCUCGCUUGCGCCCACAAACCACCUGCGCCUAGGUUAACUAGUUAGCGCCAACCAUCCUGCUGCAGCUAGAUUUUCCCGCAUUUACAGAAUAAUGCUAUUCUCAUAACACACACAGCGGGCGUUAAUAACGCAUUUUUUCUGCUACGCGAUUGUAAUUCUUAUUCUUCUCUGAUGUUUAGUCCACUCUUGCCAAUACAACACCCGCAUUUUUGCGGGAAGUUUGAAAAUAGAUAGAUGUUUACCUCUUGUUUCCGCCGCCUCAUGUUGACCGCACCCUGAUUUGUUGGUCACUGUGCAAGAAUGGGGGUAGAGUCACAGCGGGAUCGCGACCAGCGGGUUGCGAAGCUAUGGGAAACCCUGGAUACCCGCGAUGAGGGCCAAAUAGACCUCAAGGGGUUUAAAAAGGGUCUACGGAAAAUGGACCACCCCCUUAAAAAUGCAGAAGACCUUGUCAGCGACGUCCUUUCAUACGUGGACACCAGCGGGGAUGGGAAGAUACAGUUCAACGAAUUUCGAGUGUUUGUCGAACGGGCCGAAAACGAGCUCUGGCGACUGUUUAAGUCGAUCGAUCAUGACCAAAAUGGGCACCUUGACAAGGAAGAACUACGAACUGCCUUUGCGAACGCUGGCUUGACUAUCCCGAAGAAGAAGCUGGACGAGUUCUUUACCGACGUGGACACCAACAGGGACGGUGUAAUCACUUUUGAUGAAUGGAGGGACUUCCUCCUUUUUCUUCCCGCAAGCACCUCCAACCUCGGCGGUCUGAUAUCGUAUUACAGUGCUCUUGGAAACCUAAACCCGGAAGGAGACGUCCACAUAAAUGAACCUUUCCAAGGAUCAGGUUAUUUCCUUGCGGGCGGAAUGGCAGGUUGCGUAUCAAGAACGGCCACUGCCCCCCUCGAUCGUUUGAAAGUAUAUCUUAUCGCCCAGACCGUUAUGAAGGAUACCGCUUUUACCGCAGCAAAGUCCGGCCACCCUCUGGAAGCUGUAAAGAGAAUGGGGAUGCCCCUCAUAGAAGCAACCAAGGAUCUAUGGCGUGCUGGAGGAAUACGGAGUUUGUUUGCAGGGAAUGGCUUGAACGUGGUCAAGGUUAUGCCCGAGUCUGCUAUCAAGUUUGGCGCGUACGAGGCUUCAAAACGUAUGUUCGCCAACCUUGAGGGGCAUGGCGAUACAAAAAAUCUACUCCCAACCUCGCAAUUCCUGGCUGGUGGUAUCGGAGGAAUGGUUUCUCAAUGUUUUGUUUACCCUUUGGAUACGCUUAAAUUUCGCAUGCAAUGCGAAGUGGUUGAAGGUGGACUACAAGGCAACCGGCUCAUCAUGGCCACCGCCAGAAAGAUGUGGACGGGUAAUGGAAUUCACUCUUUCUUCCGCGGCUUGCCGCUUGGCCUGAUUGGAAUGUUCCCAUACGCCGCGAUCGACCUCACGACCUUCGAAUACCUGAAGUCAAUUCUUCUAGCUCGCAAAGCUAGAAUAUACCACUGUCAUGAAGACGACGUGCCCCUUAGCAAUUUCGCCACUGGUGCUAUCGGUGCUUUCAGCGGUGCCCUCAGUGCUUCGAUAGUUUAUCCGAUGAAUGUUCUCCGCACAAGACUGCAGGCACAAGGCACCGUCCUGCAUAGCCCGACAUACACUGGCAUUGUCGAUGUAACGCGCAAAACAUUAAGUCAGGAAGGGAUACGCGGCCUGUUUAGAGGAAUAACCCCGAAUUUACUAAAGGUCGCCCCGUCGGUGUCGAUCAGUUACAUCGUGUACGAAAAUUCGAAGCGGCUAUUUGGUUUAACUUAAAAGCAUCCCUACAGGCAUGUUUGUGUAUCAAAUUACUCUUAUCGUCCCACCGACCCGGAAAUAUAUCUACUCUUUUCUAGAGCCAAACGGCAGAGGGCUUCCACAGGCCAGUCCGUUCUAUCCAUCGCCAUCCCUUUUAUAUAUGCAUGCAUGCUAUAUGAGGCCAUGAUAUAUUCUCUAGGAUCCCCACGAGCCGUGCCGCUGCAGUGCUUCUUUCCAUUUUCCUGUUUUUAUCUAUCUACCUUCGUCCUUUUCUAUAUUCCACUUUUUGACAUUUCAAUAUUUAUUUAUUUUUCUUUUUUUCUUUUUUGUAUUCCAUUAUUCUUUUUCGCCUUUGACAAGAAUACCCUGAACACAUUUCUGUUUUUAUUUUUUAUUUUUCGCUUUUCUCUUUUGCAUAGCCGUGCGGCGUACCAGAGCAUCUUAUUCUGUUCCUAUCCCAAUUUCCUUCCAUCAGCGUACUGUACAUAUGUACAGUAUAGCGAGCACAUUCGUGGAUUCUCUCCGCGGCAACAUACAACCAUCUCGACAUAUUUUUCCUUUUUAAAACCCUGGAUAUAUAUACAAAAAAUAAGUAAUAAAUAUAGCGUGGGGUAAGCAAAAUUACAAUUCAUUAUCUAAAGGAUAGACGGCCACCUUGGAAAAUAUACUUCAACUUCCUCAACCCAUUCAACACAGAUUAUAUGGACUUUGAGUGCCUAGUGACCUACGGGAGCAGAACUAGCCAAAACAAAUCGAGAAUCUACAGUUCUAUCCACAUCCUUACAUGAUCUUAUGAAACGCUUCAAGUGCCUUGUCCAUAUCAAUCUUCUCAAUCCUCUCCUGAAUCCUCCCAACUCCUAACGAGCUGCUCCGCCACAUCCGCCCAUACAACUUCCGCUUUACCAAUCCCUGCAAUCCCUUCCUCGACGGCUAACUUCACCAACUUCCCACCCCUCUUCCUAACAACCCCAUCAACUGACCGUCUCAAUAUCCGCUACAGACGCAUGCAGCACAAUCGCCGCUAUGAGAUCGUGUUCUGCCGCACAAACCAUACCAGGACUCAGCGCGUCAACAAUAUCCACCCUUUGCCCCUCGACCAGACUCCCCAUUUGGUCCUGCAUAUGCACAGACUUGGCGCCCUGUAUCGUCGCGAGGCGGAACGCAUACCUAACACUCCCUGAGGUCUUCACAAUGGGUAUUUCGCCCUUUUCGAUCAGCUCUUCGUUACGCACGGCUUGGGCAGAUUGUAAACCCAGACGCCUCUGCGUGAUCAUGUCGGAGCAGUUGUUGGAGUGGCAGUCUAUGCCCAGCGAGCAUUGGUCCUUUAUGUUGUCAUGGAAGCAGACGGGUAAUCUGUGACCCAUUUGUAACUCUGUUUCUGGGGUGCUGGAGACAAAGGCAUUGGUUGAGAUGAUCUUCUGCGCGGCGGCUGGAGAGACGUCGGUGGCAUCGGAGAGGAUGAUGUUUGCGCCUAAGAGGUUGUAGGAGUCGAGUAUGUCGACGAGGGGUACACCAUUGUAGUCUUCGUUGGGUGGUGGAACGGGUUUCAAUUGUUAGCGGUUGCACUUGGUAAUGUGCUGUGAUAAUUUUGACUCCAGCCUUUGUCACCCGCUCAAACAUUUCGAUAAUCAUUUCCUAGGCAAGAAGAACAAGUCCAAUGCAAAGCCGAGCUAGAUACGGCCGUCACCAAGGGGAGCUAGCUACCUGGGCGAGUUUAUCGAUGGUUUUGAACACCCAUGCAGGGAAAAUGUCCUUGUUCACUGUAAAAUGGGGAUCUCAUGAUUUCACUCUUACGGUGGGAGUGAAACAGAAAAUCGAGCGGAUGCCCGAGGGAAUUUUUACGGAGACGGCGUUCUCGACUAAGAUAAUUAAACAGGAGUGAGUAACGUUGAAGUUCAGAGACAGAUUCUCUUUUUGCGGUCUUCAAAUUAAAGAUCCUCGUACCAUGCGCUGCCGAGUAGCUCAUGUGCGCCAUCGAUGGAGGCAAGACAGCCACCGAGUUGUCCCCGGGAAAUAUCGCUGGCCGUAUAGUUCGAGCAUUGCAUGUUUCCUGGUCAGAGAAUACGACCAGUUAACUAUGUGUCGCCUCAUAAUGCUCACUAGUAUUCCUCAACUAACAUAUUGCUGCAUCUCGGGUAUCAGGACAUGGAAAAGAUCGAAAUGUAAGAUUCAAGGUGAAAACUUCACAGAACAACCAGAACAUACAUCCGCCCCAAGAUUCCAUUCAUUACUUCAAAUAGAAACCUUACCGCCUCAGUCAACAGCAACGAAAUAAACAGCAAAUGGCAUGCCACAUACCAGAAGGCAUGUACUCCAUCAACGAAUGAUCCGCAUGCCUGCCCUUCGGCUGCGUCUGCCAGAGAUGAAUGGUGCGUAUCAACGAAGCCCGGCGAUACAAUAUUGCCACGACAAUCAAUGACUUCCGUGUCCGCAGAGGGAGCCUGGACAUCCGCAUGCGGAGCUAUGCGGGUGAUUAUGUUGCCCUCGAUGAGACGGGAGUGCCCGCUCAGUGGGACAGCAUAAGUGCUUGCCCUGGAGCUAGGGACGAUGAUUGCUGAGUUUUGGAGGAGGAUUGAGGAUGGCAUCGUGUCGCCGCUUGUUAAUGAAAGGUAUGAUAUGGUUAGAUAAGGUCUUGGAAGGCUGGUGUGUAGGGAAUAUGGCAGAUGUGACUUUCUUUAUAUGCGCUUCCUUCUGCUCCGGGCGCAUCUUAUAUACAUGGGAGGAGGGGUAGAUAGAUGAUAGCGGGGGUAGUUUCACAAAAAGAAUAUAUAAAACCCAUAGGAUGAAUAACUUAUGCAUCCUGGACUGUUUAUUCAUGGAGUUGUAAGGGCUACUCUCGAUCGCAAACAUGAGAGACUCUGGACCUCCUUUUCGGAAACUUUUUUACGAUUAAGAAUUAAGUAUGCUCGAAUGCUUUGAAUCAUUGGCGGGCGAAACCAUGGGGCAUCAUCUUUAAAUAGGCUCAGGAGAAAUCCAAGGAGCCAAACGAAGUUUGAUGGGCGGAAAAAGAUGCCUCAGUACAUGCAUACCUCUGCCGCUCUGAUGGGAGGGGGUGGGUGUAGUGGAAACAGCCAACAAGCGCACGAGGAAUGCGUCUCGUUCAACCUAACAUGCAAAUCUAUGUUGGAAAAUACCUUAUCCCGUCCUACCACUUCCACCCUCUACCUACCUCUACCCCCCCCUUUACCACCCCUUCCACCUUCUUCACUCUCUAUCCCCUCUACCACCACCACCGC